GAAAAGCUGAAGCUCUCAAUUAACUCAGAUUGUGACCGCCAGUGUUGCUGACAAGUUGUCGAGUUGUUAAGCCAAGACGCAAAUUCUGAUACACUGUAAACCUAAAUUUUUAAAUACCUAAAACCGGUUCAUUCAAAAUUUAACAUAGUUGCGGUUAUCUAGUAAAGAUUCUUGAUACCACUUGAUGAUCAUGUCCGUUGCGGCCAAUACGUAUUUUGUUGGUGUCGAUGUUGGCACGGGAAGUGCCCGUGCGGCGCUGGUCGAUGUGAAAGGCACUGUGCUGAAGCAGUGUGUGAAGGCAAUAAAAACGUGGAAUCCCGAGAGCGAUCACUACGAGCAAUCGUCUGAGGAUAUAUGGCGCUCGGUGUGUCAUUGUGUGAAGGAAGUCACCAGCGAUACCAACAAGGCAUAUAUAAAAGCUAUUUCUUUCGACGCCACAUGCUCUUUGGUCGUGUUGGGCACAAAUGGUAAGCCGCUAACGGUAAGCAAUACCUUUAACAGUGAGCAGAAUAUUAUACUGUGGAUGGAUCAUCGUGCUCAAGCUGAAGCCGCACUUAUUAACGCAACCAAGCAUGAUCUGCUGAAGUAUGUCGGUGGCCAAGUAUCGCUGGAGAUGGAAAUACCCAAGUUGCUGUGGCUGAAGAAAAACCUACAACAUACUUGGGCGAAAAUUUGGCGUGCAUUCGACUUGCCUGACUAUUUAACAUGGCGCAGUACAGGCGUGGAUACACGCUCACUUUGUUCGGUGGUCUGCAAAUGGAAUUACGAUGCCAUGAAUAUGUGUUGGAGCGCAGAGUUUUUGAAAAAAAUCGGUUUGGAAGAUUUAUGCAAUAAUAAUUUUGAAAUCAUUGGCGAACGCGUGUAUGAGCCGGGUGCGGCGGUGGGCGAUGGCUUAACAAAUGAAGCCGCCGAAGAGUUAUCGCUACUGCCUGGUACAAUUGUCGGCACAUCGCUGAUUGAUGCGCACGCCGGCGCUUUGGGUAUGUUCGGUUGUCUUGCCGCGUUAGAAUCAACAGAUAAACAGCUCGCAGCAUCACUUGAAAAUCUGCAGGGCAAAUUGGCGCUUAUUUGUGGCACAUCCACAUGCCAUAUGAGUUUGACACGGGAGCCGUGCAUGGCGCAAGGUGUGUGGGGUCCUUACAAGGGUGCCAUACUACCAAAUUACUUCCUCAAUGAAGGUGGACAAAGUGCUGCUGGUAUAUUGCUGGAUUUUGUGGUUAAAGGACAUUCACAAUAUGCCGCUAUACAGGCGAAACUGGGUAAAAAUGAGCACAUCUAUACAUAUUUAAAUAAUCUCUUGGAGAAAAUGGCUAAAGAACGCAAAUACGAAGACAUUUGCUACUUAACAAAAGAUCUGCAUGUUUGGCCCGAUUUCCACGGUAAUCGUUCGCCCAUUGCCGAUCCGAAUUUGCGUGGAAUGAUCUCAGGCCUCAAUAUGAAUGCCGAUGAAGAGUCGUUGGCUCUCUUGUAUUUGGCUUUUGUACAAGCUUUGGCGCAUGGCACCCGUCACAUUAUUGAUAAUCUCGUCAAAAAGUACAAACGUGUGCCCUACAAUAGUAUGUUGUUUUGCGGCGGCCUAGCUAAGAACAGUGUGUAUGUGCAAGCCCAUGCUGAUAUCUGCCAACUGCCAGCUGUGAUACCUGACGAGCAAGAAAUGGUUUUGGUCGGUUCAGCAAUGUUGGGAGCAUGCGCUGCAAAUACUUUUGGUAGUCUAGAGGCCACCUCCAAAGCAAUGGGCGGCACUGGUGUACUGUUAAAACCAAAAAGUUCUACGAAAGAUUUUCACAAUCGCAAAUAUCGUGUUUUCCAACAAAUGCUUGAAGAUCAGCGUAAAUAUAAGGGAAUUAUGGAAGAUACAAAAUAGCAUAUCUAUGUAUGUACAUAGGGAUGUUCCAAUGUUUUUUAAGUUUAGGAAAUUAUCUAAUGAUACUUUAUUGUUACGUGUUUUGACUUGAAAUUUUCAAUGACUUUUUGUAGAUUACUAUGAACUUUA